UUUUAUCUCCUUUAUCAUGGUCUGAUAUUGGUUCUUUCCUCUUAAGUUAUUUUCCAUCUGUCUUCUCUCUUCCAUGAAUCACCAUUUACAAAAAGCUCCAAACCUUUUCAACUAAUGAUGGUUGCUUUGCUCUAACAGAGACUUCUUUUCUAUACAGCAUCACAAAAUUUAGAAUGCCAGAUUUUCCCUGGGUACACCCUGAAUUCUUCUGAUUCUGGUACAAGAAAUGGGAAGGAAAAUGCAGCAAAAGGACUCCCAGGAGAUGAAGUAAGGGGAGAAGGAGGGAAAAGAAGAGAAAGGAAAGUGAGCGGGAAGUAAACAUGCCAACAGUUUGGUUCUCUUUGAAGAAAUCUCUGCACUGCAAAUCAGAGCCAUCAGAUGUUCAUGACCCAAAAUCAAGGAAACAAUUGAGCACAAUCUCGACAAGAAAAGGGGGGAGGUCUGGGUGUUCAAGGUCCAUAGCAAAUCUCAAGGAUGUCAUCCAUGGAAGCAAGAGACAUCUAGAAAAACCCCCUAGCUGCAGCCCCAGAUCCAUAGGAAGCAGUGAGUUUCUAAACCCAAUUACCCAUGAAGUCAUUCUGAGUAACUCAAGAUGUGAGCUUAAAAUCACUGGCUUUGGUGGGUUCCAGGAAGGGGUUGGUCAUGUUGGCAAUGGUGGUGGUGAUGAUAGAUGUGGUGGUGGUGGUGGUGGUGGUGGUGGUGUUAGCGGUGGCGGAUCAACCUUCGUGGGUACAUUGAGGCCGGGUACACCCGGACCCGGAGGGCAUACAAUAGUGCAUUCUUUUAAUCAUUCUUUAAGGAACCCCUCAACUCCUCCGAGGAAGUCUCCUUUUCUUUCAUCAGAAAGGGAAAGGUCUCUCUUUGGGGCUUCUGGUGCCUUCGGCGGCAGCGGUGGCGGUGGUGGCCAUUCAUGCAGAAGGGUUUCUCUUGAGACAGACUCCAAUGGCUGUUCUAUUGUGACUUGCCAUAAAUGUGGAGAGCAAUUCACCAAAUGGGAAGCUGCUGAAGCACAUCAUCUCUCUAAACACGCCGUUACUGAACUCGUGGAAGGUGAUUCAUCUAGAAAGAUUGUUGAAAUUAUAUGCCGGACAAGUUGGUUGAAGUCAGAAAACCACUGUGGCCGGAUUGAGAGAGUUUUGAAAGUUCACAAUAUGCAAAAAACUCUUGCUCGAUUCGAAGAAUAUAGGGAAAUGGUGAAGAACAAAGCAAGCAAACUUCCCAAGAAGCAUCCUCGGUGCAUUGCCGAUGGAAAUGAGCUGUUGAGAUUCCAUGGCACAACUGUGUCAUGCUUGCUUGGCCUAAAUGGUUCCUCAAGUCUUUGUGUGUCAGAAAAAUGUUGUGUUUGUCGGAUAAUAAGAAAUGGUUUCUCUGCCAAGAAGGAACUCAAGGAAGGAAUAGGCGUCUUCACAACUUCCACAAGUGGAAGAGCUUUCGAGUCUAUUGAAAUUCUUGAAGAUGAUCCAUCCAUAAGGAAAGCUUUGAUAGUUUGCAGAGUAAUAGCUGGGAGGGUACACAGGCCUUUGGAGAAUAUACUAGAAAUGGCUGGCCAAACCGGGUUUGAUUCGUUGGCCGGAAAAGUUGGUCUCUACUCUAAUAUUGAGGAGCUUUAUCUGCUCAAUCCUAGAGCUCUCCUUCCCUGUUUUGUGGUAAUCUGUAAACCUUAAAGAGAAGAUAGAAAUGCUUUAGUUAUGUGAAUCCUUUUCUACCAUUGGUAGAGAUUUUCUCUCUGAUUUUCAGUAGAAUUCUAACAGUAAUUCUUCUUUCAAUCUACUUGACCUUGCUAAUAUAUAUAACUUGUGCACCUCACAUUUGAAUCUU